AUGGCCGUUCUCGCUCCUCAAGAUUGGCACCCUCCUAGAGAUCACCAAAUGGAUGCGCCCGCCCAAAACAGUGUUAACCCGUCCGCCAACCGCCCCCGCUCCUCGCCUGCCAACGAUCCCUCCCAAGCGCCCUCCCCGGUCACGUCCAACCACCCUUCUCAGCCGUAUCCUUAUCCCGUGCAGCAGCCACAAGCAGGAUGGAAUGCUCAGGCACAGCCCUUCUACCCCGCUUUCUACCAAAAUACGCACCAGCAAGCAUACCCCAUCCAUCCCGCACACGCUGCCCAACAAGGCCCAAUUCCCCAGCAAGGCCCCUACUUCGACCCGAACGCCCAGUUUGCUCAAUGGGCCUACCAGCAGAUGAUGUUCAACGCGCAGCAGCAGGCCCACCAACAACAGCUCUCCCACGUCCCCCAGAACAACUCUCCUCACUCUCAGCGAGGUAGGGCCACAAACCCUGGUUCCAACGACUACUUCGCCCAGUCCCAGAUCCCCCCUGGCUUCAACAACUUCCCAAGCGGCACUCCGCCGCCACCGCACCCCAGCCAACAGCAGCAAGGCCAAUAUCGUCUCAGCCCCGGCCAGCAGCAGCAGCAACAACAGCAACAGGGGCAGUCUCAGUACGACGGUUUCCACCCCUACCGCCGACCCAACCGCACUGGCUCGCAACACACAGAAGCACCGUCGCCCUCCAACCCUCCACAAGACUGGCGACCACCCCAGGGCAAUUUCCAACCACCAUAUGCUCGUCCUGAUGCGAACGGAUCCUCCACCUCGGUCAACUCUUCUGCGAGCCAGCGGCAGAGAACCAACAGUCUUCAGGGUUCUACGAGCAGCGGCGGUCGCAACACCCCUCCCCACCAUAGCAACGCAGGCUCGACGGGCAGCGCUCGCAGCCGCAACGGUCCUCCCGCCCCUGCGCACACCGCUGGCGGUAGCAGUCAAGGGAGAGGUAACGGCUCCUCCAGCCCCGCCACAGGAACACCUCCCGCCCGGCUCCACACUCGCAAUGCCUCAUCAUCGUCCACAGCUUCCAGUACCACUGGCCCCUCCCGCUCUUCGGCGGCGGCUGGUACCCCAUCGUCAUCCGGAUCGUCGGUGCCGCUUCCGCGCCCUGUUAGGCCGUCGCCGUUAUCGCAGACUAGCAGCAUGUCCAUGGCUGACAAACGGCGAUCUCGUGACGAUACUGACUUGGCUGGUAUGAUGGAGUCCGCACCAUCCGCUCAGCUACCUCACAAGGGUCUCAAGAGCAGGUUGAGGCGCGCACUCUCACUCAGCGCUGCCCAAGCGAUCUCGGAGGAGGACGAUGACGAGGCUUCGCCGCCCAAGGGAAGUGCCUCCCGGAUGAACGGCAAGGAACCAGCGACCGCUGCUGCUCCUGGUCCUAGCUCUUCGACGGAAUCACCGCUGCAAUCCAAUGCUGUCCUUGACCCUGGGGAUGCUGCUUCGACAGCGACACGCAAGACGAAGAAGCGUAGGGCCCUCUUCAACUCACGCAUCAAUGCUUCCACAGAUAACAUCUCGCUCUCGUCUACCAUGUCCUCUGCCUCGGUCGUCAUCCGCAAGCUGGGCUCAAUCGGGAAACUUGCCCGUCGUAACUCGCUCGCUGGUAUCACAUCCGUCUUCAAGGGUAGCAAGAAGGAGAAAGAGGAAGCCGAAGCUAGCGAUGACAAGAAGGGUAAGAAGAAGAAGAAGGGCGAAAAGGGCGAGGCGGCUGAGGCCAGCGUCUCCUAUCUUACCGCCGAGCCAGAUCGGGUGAGCACUGAGUGGGCACCAGAGUUGAAUGGUCUCAGUCCGGCCGCAAAGCUUGCUCGACAACAUACUCUGAAGUCCAAUGCCGAGGCCGCUGCCAGAGCGAAACAACAGGAAGAAGCUGCGGCUGCAGCUGCAGCCGCCGCUGCCGCUCACGCAAACGGAGAACCUGUGCCAGCGACUUGGGAGAAAAACACAGCUACCCGGCAAGGCGAAUCAUCAGGAAGAGGCGGUGCGUAUCAAGUCAACGAGGAGGGUAUGCGAGUCAUCGUGGAGGAUGACGAUUCGGCAUCGGAUGGCGAGAGCAAUCAUCAACACGAUUUUUCCGGCACUAUCGAGGGAUGGGAGGAGGAUGAUUGGGAUCGCGGUGAGGAUGAAGAGGAUAUGACAAUCCGUCAAAGUCUCGAGCGUGCCAGCAUCGGUGAAGGUGAAGAGAUGGAGCCAUGGGCUGUUGACGCUCGUCGUAGCAUAGAAAGGGCGAGGACGCCUGCCAGAGGUAUUCUCAAAAAUGCCGACAAGUAUGAUCAGCGUGUGUUCAUGGACGCCAACCGUCAGCGCUCUAAUUCCUAUAACUCCCCCGUCACUCAGCACUCAGAGUUGGGCCCUCUAGCUCGUAUCCCGUCGCCAGAUCCAGAUCACAUCGACGGUCUUCACCGACAUGGUUCACAUUCGUCAAAUCACUCGACUUCCGGCAACGGUACCACGCCGACGUUCCAGCUUCCUCCCUUUUCGUUCGACAAUGAAGGAGGAACCGAGUCGCCACAGGCAAUGUCGGACGCAGAGGACGAUGCGAGGCCACACCCGGAGAAGACCUUGUUCAACCAUCCGAACCUCAACUCAUCCGCACCCGUCCUGUCAAGCAUGCUCACACCGCCCUCGACUUUGCCCCGGUCGGCGACCACACCCUCGAAGCGAUUGACAUUUGCAAACAACCUCCAUGUCUACGACACUUUCCCGGCCACCGUAUACGAUCGACGAAGCGAACCAGCGACAUGGAGUCGACUUACCCCUGCCUUGGCUCAGCGUAUCAAGGAAGAACUCAAUUCGUACAAGAUGGAGGAGAUGGAAGUACAUGCCUCCAGUCGGAUUCACACACAAUUCUUUGUUUAA